GAGAGAGCAGAGGUAGAGAGUCUCUCCUGACUGCAUUAGGAGCCUCCAGCCUUUGUGAUUCCUUUUGAUCAAAUCUCUGUGAGAUUCGCGUGUCAUGCCCUCUUCCAGCCAGCUGUGAGGGGACUGGCCCGCCACCCAGUGGGGGAGGUGUGUGUGUGUGUGUGUGUGUGUGUGUGUGUGUGAGAGAGAGAGAGAGAUCUCUUAAGGUGAGAGGCAGAGAGUUCGACGGGUAGGAGGGUCUUAUUCCACUCCCCAGCGCCCAGUUCCAGCACACACUCAUCCUGGACACGCUCACACACUCACAUGGGCCUGCGGAUGCGCGCAGUGAUUGUCGAUUGCAGGAGAAAGUGUGUGUUGUGUAGGUGAGUGUGACUGAACUGUGAGUGAUGGAUCUCUUGCAGUAGAAGGGAGAACUUGUACAGACAGGAGCUGAUGGAAUGGCAAACUUCUCAGAAACACUGGAAACUUCAGUUUGAUCAAAAUGUCUGAGGCUAUUUACUGCACGGUGGUGAACUGCAACUGUGACAGUUUCAAACCUGGUAAACUGAGGCGGCGUCUCUGUGAACACUGCAGGCACGGCUGGGUCGCCCAUGCCCUGAGUAAGCUGAAGGUUCAUCACAUGUACCAAGGAAGCCAGGUGGAGAUUGUUCACUCCAAUGUGGUAUUUGAUAUCUGUAGUCUGAUGCUUUAUGGGACGCAAGCAAUUCCAGUGCGUCUUAAGAUAUUGCUGGACCGACUCUUCAGUGUUCUUAAGCAGGAGGAGGUUAUUCAGAUCCUAAAUGCACUGGAUUGGACUCUCCAGGACUACAUCCGAGGUUACGUCCUGCAGGAUGGGGCCGGUAAGGUAUUGGACCGCUGGGCCAUAAUGACCUUUGAAGAGGAGAUUGUUACGCUGCAACAGUUCCUGCGCUUCGGAGAGACCAAGUCCAUCGUGGAGCUCAUGGCGCUGCAGGAUAAGGAGGGACAGGCAGUCAUAGUCCCAACCACAAGAACCAAUUCUGACAUCCGCAGCUUCAUCGAAAAUAGUAUGCAGCGGCCUGUGCGUCUGCCGGCCAAAGUCGAAGCACCUGGUUGCAGUAACGGACACCACUUUGAAACGCUUGUGAACAGUAUGGCCCUCAUGUUGCCACUGCAACUGCUGAAUUCUGUUCCAGCACCAUGCACCAGUACUGAUUCCAGCCAUCAGGAAGCACAGAUGAGACAUGAGAUGUCAGAUGUGAGCCUUGAUGCUGCUCCGUUUGACACUGGCCCCGUGAGAGCAGAGAUGCUGCUGGACGCCGAGUCUCCAAAGAUGGAGUCGGAAGAGUUUAACUUGAGCGGAGACUCCUCUCCCUCCACGCCUUGCACGCCCUCCAUUGCUUCUGAAAUCGCACACAUGUCUCCUGAGAACAAGGUGCGGUGUGGAGAGAAGAGCGGAUCCUUGAAGAAGGGCCGUGUGUUCUGCAGCGCUUGCGAGAAGACCUUCUAUGAUAAAGGAACUCUGAAGAUACACUACAACGCCGUCCAUCUUAAGAUCAAACACAAGUGCACCAUCGAGGGCUGCAACAUGGUCUUCAGCUCCUUACGUAGUCGGAACAGGCACAGUGCAAACCCGAAUCCACGGCUGCACAUGCCCAUGAACCGCAAUAAUCGUGACAAGGACCUGCGGGGCGGUCUGAGCCCGAGGCAGGAGGAUGGAACCGAGGGUGAGAAGAGAGACUUUGCUGCUAUCUCAGACAGCAGGACUGUCUCAAGUUUCAUCAUCCGUAACUCAGAGCCCAAACUCCAUGGCUCUUUAUCCAGCAUGAGCCAGAGCGGCAUCCUCUUUCCCAAUCUAAAGACUGUGCAACCUGUGCUUCCCUUUUAUCGGAGCCUGGUGACCCCAGCUGAGCUAGCUCAUACACCGGGCAGCCUGCCCUCUCUCCCACUUCUGUCUUCCUCAGUGCCCGUGAGCACCUGUAACAUGCAGAGUGGCUGGGAGCCGGUGCCCAAGAAAAAGUCUAGAAAGUCCAGCAUGCCCAUCAAAAUUGAGAAGGGUGAGCUGGCGACAGAGGGCGUGUCCGAGGAGGAGACUCCACCGCUCAGCCCCUGCACAGACACAGAAAAGUGCGACAUCAGCAGGAUGGGGAGCAAAACUGUGGACUGUGAUGUCCGAUCCGGCCUCAACUCACAGGACACACAAUGGGACAAUUUAACUCAGGAGGACAGUCGUAUCAUCUCGCUGUCAUCUCCUUCUCUCCUUCACAAUAAACAAAAUGAUGAGAAAGAAAGGGUGUCCUCAAAAUGUGAAGAACCAACAAACAGUUCGCAGCCAGAGCAGACCUGCAGCCACCGACCAACCCCUUUCACACACAGCAGUGAAAACUGUGCAGAUGGCUGCAGUGACCCAGAGACCAUAUCUCCAGAUGAUAAAGAUGAGCAGGCACACCCAUGCGAGAUCUGCAGUAAGACAUUUAAAAAUCCUUACAGUGUCAAAAUGCAUUAUCGAAAUGUGCACUUAAAGGAGAUGCACAUGUGCACUGUGGAUGGCUGCAAUGCUGCUUUUCCGUCCCGUCGAAGCAGAGAUAGACACAGUGCAAACCUGAAUCUGCACCACAGGCUGUUGACAAAAGAUCAUUCAGGAACAUCUUCUCUCCGCAGAGAGCAUCCAGACCUCCCUCACAAAGAGCCGCUCAGCCAGAUGUCUGUUAUCCUCAAAGAGAGUCACCGUAUGGGCCUCGUCUUCCCCAUGAGUAAAUCACUGGAGAGAGCAUCUGAGCUGGUAGAGGGCGCUGUGGAGAAUGAAGCAGUACUGGACCUGAGCACCAGAGCGAGCGCCCAUUCCUCCUGGGACUCAGACGUGGGCAGUGAGGAAGGGCUUCCUCUGGAGGACAGUGACGAGAGCUGUGACGGGCUGAGCAUCAGAGUGUCUGCGUCUCCGUCUUGCCUCAGUCAGCAGACAAACGGCUCAUCGCCCAUUACCUGCCAUCUCUGCCAGAAAGUUUACAGCAACAAAGGCACAUUCAGGGCCCAUUACAAAACGGUGCACCUUCGCCUUCUUCACAAAUGCAAAAUUCCAGGGUGUGACACUACGUUCUCCUCUGUACGGAGUCGCAACAGACACAGUCAGAAUCCAAAUCUACACCGUAACUUUGUAAUGAAUACCUCCCUGAAUCAAGAGUAGGGCACACACUCAGAGCCAUAUUCUCCUAAAUGUUCAUAGUCAAAGAUUUACUCCUAACUCCUACUUCACGUUUAAAAGCACUCUGCUCUUUGUACUGCACAAUCAACCACAACUGGAAGGACACAAUCAUAUUUAUAAUAAACUCUAUGUUGUUUACCUUUUUAAUGUUGAGAUAUGUUUUUCAUCUCUAAUGUAAUAUCUACUUGACAAACAUUCCUUAUAUUUAUUGAUUUUUAAGAGCAGGACAGAUGAUCUAGAAAAAUGACUGAAGAAAUGACAGAGCAAAAGAUCGAAGGGACAGAGAUGUUCUCCACACGAGACACAUGACAAAGCAUAUACAGAAUUGUUUUAACCAUAUUAAGAGAUCUUUAAAGCAAUCAGUGCUGUUAUACAGUAUGUUAAUCCCCUCAUUCUUUAUCCAAUGACACAUAUCAAUCAUGUACUUUUUCCAUCUCUGAACUUAUUCAUUGAGGGGACACAUCCCUCCUCAGCAUGAGAUAAAGACAGAACACUGGUACACCAUGAUAGAGUCAACGGCAGAUGAGAGAGUGACUGUUAGAAAGGCUGAGCACUACAGAGUAAUGGUGCGAGAGAGUGAUGAGGAGCACAAGCUGUUUGAAGGUGCAGGACUCAUGUUAUCAUAUGCUGCAAUGAAUUUUCUGGUAGUACAUUUGUGUUUGCUUGCUGUUCAGAUUUGUUUUUAUCACAAAAGAUUCAGUGAAGUUGAUAGAUUGUGUUGCUGUUUCAAACAAUAUGCUGUUUAAAGAGGCUGUUGUGGUCCUGUUGAGUAAGUUAUUGUGUGUGCAUUUUUUUUUCAGGGGGCCAAGCACCUGCAGUGUUUGAUCAUUUUCAUAUACUUCUUGUGUUGGGGGAUUUUGUGACGUCCCUGGACCAAAUUUGGCUUAUGUGUCUUAAACUUCAUCGCAUCAAACAGUUCAAUCUUCUCUUUUCUUUUGCUUGUAUCUGUUCAACCAUGGGGCAUAGUAAGACAAUUCUGUGAUAAUGUUUAUUUGGCAGGAUUCUUCUUGUUGUGAAAUCUGUCUCAUUGUCAAUUUUGACAUUUAAUUAAGGUUUAAAUAAUGUCCUAUUUAAUUGAAUUGCCAAUGUUGUGCUUGGCCCCUUCAUUGCUGCUUUCAGCUAUAUUGCCAUAGUUGUUAUUCAUGUGGAGACCAAAGAUUCUUAAUCCAGGACGGUGUAAAUCAGCAUGAAAAACAAAAGCGUCAGACUGCACACAUUGACACACAGGGUCUUUUCUGUACUGCACAUAUAUGAAAGAUUCAGUUAAGAUUCAGUUUUCUAACACAUUUUCAUCAGUUUAAAGUGAUGUUGCUCUAUAAUAUGUUUAAUAUUAGUACAGUCAAAGGAUUGUAUCAGUGAAGGCUUAGGCUGAAGUCAGCAGAUGAGGACAUACUGAUGCAUAUAAAGCUGUCUGUGAAUCAGAGCUGAAAGAAUCAAGUCUUACAUUGGUCGAGUGAUGAGGCUUCAACAACAGCACACACAAAGCUGUGGACAUUUAUUCUUUUAGCUUUGUUUUAUGUGUAAAAUCUUUUGUUACCUGCCUCCUCCCCACCACCAGAAUUUGUAUGCUGAAAUGUGAUGAGAAGGGUUAUCAGGAUUCUAAUACCAAUCUAAGUCACAAUCAUUUAUUUGUGUUCUAUAAAAUAAUUUUGUCCGUGUUAAUAAACAGUUAUUUAAAAA